AUGCUGCCUCUUCAGACCAUGUCGUCCUCUACAUUCCUCUGUCUUAUUUCUUACUUUUCCCUUGCGUCCGGGGCUCUUCUCCCAAACCAAACCUCCAAAGAAGCUCCCAUCGCCACCAACGGUCAGCCUUUCCCCUGGACCAGCAUGAGACUUCCCAAGUCCGUAUUCCCCACUCACUACGACCUGAGCAUCCAUCCCAACCUCACCACUCUGGACUUCUCCGGCGUGGUCCGCAUCCGGCUGGACGUGAGGGAAGACACGGAAACCAUAGUGCUCCACUCCAAGAGGCUGGAGGUGUCCAAUGUUUACCUGUUGGGUCCGGAGGGUGUGCGGCCUCUUCGCGUGCUGGAGUUCCCUCGCUUCCAUCAGCUUGCUCUGGUCUCUGAGGACGUUUUGAUCAAGGGGAGAAACUACGAGGUUCAUUUGGAGUUUGCAGCGAAUCUUUCGGACAGUUUUCACGGCUUCUACAAGAGCAGCUACGUGAGCGGCAGCGGGGAGGUCAGAGUCUUGGCAUCGACGCAGUUUGAAGCCACUUUUGCCAGAGGAGCGUUCCCGUGUUUCGACGAGCCGGCGUUCAAAGCCAAUUUUACGCUCCAGAUCGUCCGAGAGCCGCGGCACAUCGCCAUCUCCAACAUGCCCAAGGUGAAGAGCGUGGAGCUGCCGGGGGGUCUCCUGGAGGACCACUUUGAGACCACGGUGAAGAUGAGCACGUACCUCCUGGCUUACAUCGUCUGCGACUUCCUGUCCGUGAGCGCCACCACUCGGCACGGCGUCAAGAUCUCGGUCUACUCUGUCCCUGAGAAGAUCGACCAGACGACCUUUGCUCUGAACGCUGCUGUGAAACUCCUGGAUUUUUAUGACGACUACUUUGACAUCCCCUACCCGCUGCCAAAGCAGGACUUGGCUGCUAUCCCAGAUUUCCAGUCCGGAGCGAUGGAGAACUGGGGUCUGACCACCUACAGAGAGACCGCCCUGUUGUUCGACCCUCAGAAGUCUUCAGCUUCAGACAAACUGGGAAUCACCAAAGUCAUCGCCCACGAGCUCGCCCACCAAUGGUUCGGGAACUUGGUGACGAUGGAGUGGUGGAACGACCUGUGGCUCAACGAGGGCUUUGCUAAAUUCAUGGAGUACAUCUCUGUGAGCGCCACCUACCCGGAGCUGCGAGUGGAGGACUUAUUUUUGGGCAAGUGCUUCGAGGCGAUGGAUGUGGACUCCCUGAGCUCGUCUCACCCGGUGUCGACUCCGGUGGAGAAUCCCACUCAGAUCCAGGAGAUGUUUGAUGACGUUUCCUAUGACAAGGGGGCGUGCAUCCUCCACAUGCUGCAGGACUUUCUCUCCCCUGAAGCCUUUGAGAUCGGCAUCAUUCGAUACCUAAAGGACUACAGCUACCAGAACACCGUCAACAGCCACCUGUGGGAGAGUCUCACAGACGUUUGCAACAAUGAUGUUCCGGAUUUGGCACAAAGACAUAAAGACUUCUGUUCCAAAAGCAGCCAGGAGUCCGGAGCCGCGAAAUGGUUCUCGGGCGACGAGCUGGACGUGCGCUCGAUCAUGGACACGUGGACCCUGCAGGAGGGGUUUCCUCUGGUGACUGUGGAGGUCCGAGGGCGACAGGUCAAACUGAGCCAAGAGAGAUACCUGAAGACCAGCGACCCCUCCCUCACCCACGGGUUUUUGUGGCAAAUCCCCCUGACCUAUAAGACCAGUGCCUCCAACACCGUGCACCGCUUUCUGUUAAAGACCAAAACAGAUGUGCUGUUCCUGCCGGAGGAGGUCAGCUGGGUGAAGUUUAACGUGGACAUGAGUGGGUAUUACAUGGUGCACUACGCAGACGGCGGCUGGGACUCCAUCACCGAACUGCUCCGACACAACCACACGGCUCUGAGCAGCAACGACCGAGCCAGCCUCGUCCAGAACGUCUUCCAGCUCGUCAGCGUGGGGAAGGUGAGACUGGACCAGGCCCUGGAGCUGUCCCUGUAUCUGUCCAAAGAGACGGAGGUUAUGGCCGUGACGCAGGGAUUCGGAGAACUGGUGCCUUUUUACAAACUCAUGGAGAAACGGGACAUGCCGGUCCUCGAGAACCAGAUGAAGGACUUCAUCGUGGAUCUGUUCCGGAGCCUGAUCGACCGGCAGCAGUGGAGCGACUCGGGCUCGGUGCCUCAGCGGGUCCUCAGGGGGUACCUCCUGCUGUUCGCCUGCGUCCGGAACUACCCGCCCUGUGUGGAGAAGGCCACGCGGCUCUUCAACCAGUGGAAGGACUCUGAUGGAAACAUGAGUCUCCCGGUGGACGUCACGAUGGCCGUGUUUGUGGUCGGCGCCCGGACGCCGGAGGGGUGGGACUUCCUGUUUGAGAAAUACCGUAGCUCGAUCCAAAUGUCGGUGAAGAGUCGCAUGAAGAUGGCCAUGGCAGUGAGCCCCCUGCAGGACAAGCUCAGAUGGAUGCUGGAGCAGAGUCUGGACGGUUCCAUGAUGAAGACCCAGGACCUGCCGGACGUCCUGGUCUCCAUCAGCAGAAACCCUGUCGGAUACAAAAUGGCCUGGGACUUUCUCCGGAGACACUGGCACACGCUCAUCAAGAAAUUCGACCUGGGCUCCAGCACUGUGUCUUUUAUGGUGAUCGGUGUGACCAACCAGUACUCCACCACAGACAAGCUGCACGAGGUUCGUAGUUUCUUCAGCUCUCUGUCUGAGGAGAGCGGCUCCGACAUGCGCUGCAUCCGACAGACGCUGGAGACGAUCGAAGACAAUAUUCGCUGGAUGGACUCUCACCUCCCACUGCUGCAGCGAUGGCUACAGGCACGACACACUGCUGCACAUGAAGCACAGGAGAAGAGCAUACAUGAAGACUUAUAG